AUGCCGUCUGUUCGCAUGAGGAUGGACACUGCACCUGCAAACCAGGUUCAGCAUUCUGGCUGGACAGCUCAGCUCUGCGACCUGCCCUGUUCUGCUGGCCGUUAUGGUAUCAACUGCCAAGAGGUCUGCCCGUGCCACAACGAGGCCUCAUGCAAUCACAUCACAGGUGAAUGCACCUGUGGUCCUGGAUUCAUGGGUCUCCUGUGUGAGGACUCCUGCGAGAAUAUGACAUUCGGACUCAAUUGUUCAGAAAAGUGCGAAUGCGAGCUGAACUUCACAGAAAUGUGUGAUCCAAGAACGGGUUCCUGCAUUUGUCGACCAGGCUUUCAUGGUGUGAAGUGUGAACGACGUAGCGGAAGAGCCUUACUAGGAGAGAAGUGCAGCAAGCAACGCAAAUGCGAGGACGUCUCGAUCUGCCAUCCUGAAAAAGAGAUUUGCGUCUGCAUGAGUGGAUGGACGGGGUCGGACUGCGACCGACCCUGUCCCCCUGGUUCUCACGGAUUGGGUUGCGAGAGAAGUUGUUCGGACGGCUUUCAUGCGACUGGAACGUGUCAUCACGUCACGGGCCAAUACACGUGUGAACCCGGUUACACCGGCUGGAGUUGUAAUGAGACCUGUCCAAAAGGUCUCUAUGGGGACCAAUGCAAUCAAAGUUGCACGUGCAAGAACGAUGGUAUUUGUCAUCACAUCACCGGUAAUUGUACUUGCCUGUCCGGCUGGAGAGGUGAAAUGUGCGAAGAGCCUUGUCCCGAAGGAACUUUUGGUCUCGAUUGCCAACAGAAUUGUACUUGUCUGAACGGUGACCGGUGCAACGCCACGGAUGGUCGAUGCAAGUGCCUUCCUGGAUGGAUGGGGACUCACUGUGAAGCAAGUUGCCCGAUGGGAUAUUUUGGAGAUGGAUGCUCCCAGGAAUGUCGGUGCCCCGGUCAGAACUUCCGCUGCGAUCCGAAAAUAGGUUGCGUGUGCCGUGCAGGAUACGCAGGCAAGGACUGUGAGACAACUUCUUCCUUCGUGGGGAUGGAGAAACAGGGGAAACAAGUAUUAUUCGGUAUCGUCGGGACACUUCUUCUCACUCUCCUAUUCUCCGGAAUUAUAAUGCGCAUCAGACAGAGUCCUUGCAACUUGAAGCAUGAAGUUCGGAGAUUGCAGAUCCCUGACUCUCCGUCUCCAAGCGAGUGCCAAAAAAUUGAACUGAAGACUGAAGAGGCCGACCGAACGAAUCCAUUUUCCAUAGAUUUGAAGGCGGACACGAAAGACGCCGAGAACUCCUCGGAGCUUAUCGCUGUCUCUGACCGACUAGAUGCAGGGGUGCACGACGAAGACAUACGUGCAGGCAUGAGCUCCGUGAAGACCACGUCGACGUCCGCUCCUAUCCCUCUGGACCAUUUCUUCCGAGCUGUUCCGAUACUAUCCAAAUAG